CCCAUGGCGCCCGCCAGUGGUGGCGCGCGCGCGUCGACGCAGCAGCGACGUGCCUCGCGCUGCGGCCCGGGGCGCUGAGGUGGCGGGGCAGAUUGCCCGCGUCGGUCACUUGGAAGCAGCGCACAAUGAAGCUACGCUGGCGAAACUGAAAACGAUGCGCCGUUUUGAGAGUGAGUGCGGCAAAGCUGUAGGGCAUGCGCUUGGUGUGGGGUGGGCCGGCCCGCCGUUGAAACUAGCCCCGCGGGGCGUUUUGUCGGUGUUGCGGGCGCGGCUGCCCUAUCCUAAGCAGCUGGGCGGCAGUCGCCUGGGCCGUUCGUCCCACGAAUGCACGAAGUUCGAAGACUACGAAGAGGCGCAGCGCGCCGCACCGGAUACAGCUGCGCGCAUUCGACUUCUUUCGCAACGGCGCACCUCCCUCCGGGCCCCUCGCUCCCGAUGGCCGCGCGCCCCGCCCGUUAAUA